GGCUGCGCAUCGGUCCAGUCGUUUGUCAGGUUUUGCCGGGUUUCGGUUUUUUUGGGCUCACUUUUGUAUUUUUGCAACGAUGUUUCAAGGUGGCGACAUGAUGAUGGACAUGGUGAAUGUACCGUCAAACCGUAGCGAAUAAGUGUCACUUUCAGUCGGUCUCACCGUACAUUCUAACCUUCGACUGCGUGCCCGAAAAAUGUCAAGUGCGUAUUUGCUAAACACAACACGAAACCCUGUGCGACAAUUAAGGUGGUGAAGAACCCGUGACGGAGAACGAGGCGUGUGUGGUAGGAUUGGUUGAGUUGGUGACGUGCCGUUGUUUAUGUCGUGCGAACUCAGUCCACCAGCAGACGUCAAAUCAAUUAACGCGGACGAACAGAACAUCAAUUGAGCUAAAUCUGAUGCCAUCACUUGAAUGCGUUGAAGUGUGACGGUGAACUCCAGUAGUUAUACGGGGGAUAUUAUUUCCCAAACCUCCCCCAAAAACCUGGUGGUUAGUUUUAAAGUGUUGCUUAAAGGUGACCUGAACGGUGUGGUGUCGAACGUGAGGCGAAAAGUUGUCGAAAGUUUGGCUGUACUCUAAACUGUGAAACAUGGAAAAGGAACCUGCCCCGGAAGGUGUUGAACUGCUGUCGGUGAAAUUAGAUGGAAGCCCAAUCACACCGUCCAUUUAUGAUCCGUACAAGUACAGAGAUGUGCCGAAUCCGACCUCUACACUCGGCACAUUCGUGCACGUCAUGAAGUCGGCCCUCGGCAUCGGAAUCCUUUCGGUACCGUACGCGUUCCGCAACGGUGGUCUCGUGUUUGGCGUGUUUGGUGCGUUCUUCUUCGCGAUGCUUUGCUCGCACAGUGCCCACAUUUUGGUCAGCACGUCGUACAAGAUUUGCAAAAAGGAACGCAUACCGGUGCUCGGUUUUGCCGAAACGGUGGAAAAAGCUUGCGCAAACGGUUCGGCAAGUAUACGCGCGCUCGGCACAGCGCUACGGAACAUCAUCGAUUGGUAUCUGAUGUUAACAACGGUCGUCGUGUUCAUCGUGUUCGUUGGCACCACGCUUCGGGAAGUGGUCAACUACCGUACCGGAUGGGACUGGAGCGAACGCACGUACAUACUGCUCGUCGGUGUACCGAUCCUGUUCAUCACGCAGAUACGCGAGAUCAAGUAUCUCGUACCAUUUUCAGCGAUUGCUGGAUUUCUUAUCCUUGCCAACAUCGUCAUCUCGCUGGUCUUUAUCUUUCAAGAGCCGCUCACACUGGAAAACCGACGCAUGUUUCCGACCGCCUCAACGGUCGCACCAUACAUGGGCAUUGUCUACUUCGCACUGGACGCAACGUGUCUUAUAUUUCCGUUGGAAAAUCAAAUGCGUCACCCGCAGCAUUACCUCGGGUGUCCCGGUAUCGUGAACCUGAACUACAUCUGUCUCGCCAUCCUGUACAGCUUCUUCGGUGCCGUUGGAUACAUCCGGUACGGUGAUGACGUCGAAAGCUCCAUCAUACUCAACUUUCCCACCGAAAACGUGCUGGUUUCGUGCAUACAAGUGCUAUCCGCUGUUGCGGUACUAUGCUCCAUUGGGUUGGUUUUUUACGUGCCCACCGAGAUUGCCUGGAAGAAAUUGCACACUAAAGUGCCGAAGCAAUGGACCGGAGUUGCCCAGAGUGGCCUAAGGCUAACGAUGCUGCUAGUGAACAUUGCCGCAGCAUGCGGUAUUCCACAUCUCGGCACAUUCAUGGGACUGCUCGGGGCCGUCCUGAACCCAAUUCUGGCCCUAUGGAUACCUCUAAUUGUUGAUACGGUGUACCGUUGGCCGAACGAUUUCGGCCGGCUAAGGUGGCGUUUGGUGAAAAAUGUGGCACUGUGCUGCUUUGGACUGUUCCUACUCGUAACCGGUACCAUUUCGAGCGUACGGAACAUUAUUCAACUGUACAAAUGAACGAUGACACUAAACUACCCACGGUCGGGGUAGGAUUGUGUGUGUAUGGCGCAUGUUGCUGACAAUUAUCAGAUAAAGGCAAAUACUUACACAGUAC